AUGAAGAUGCUCAGGCUGACGGCAGACAAACCUUUGAAUCCACCACCUAUUCAUGCUUUCUUGCCCACUCCCAAACUCAGGCGAUUCAUCCUGCUGGGCUCUGGGCACAGACACUUCUUCUUCCCCCUCCUCACACACCACAUACUCACUAUCCAUGCAGAUGUUGUGUUGGCAGACAAACUUGUGCCACAGGGCAUGCUAAACCUCAUACUCAGCAAGAUAGAACUCAUUGCCGCAAAGAAGUUCCCUGGGAACAAAUAA